AUGAGAGAAAGGAAGAGAGAAGAGACAGAGAGAGAGAGAGAGAGAGAGGGCUGCGAUGAAGGGAAGAGGUUCGAAGAAAAGAGAACAGGGCUGGAGGGCAUAACGGCCAAUUCACUGUUCAAAAGUCAGCUCAAAGUGAGGGCAAAACCGCUUCAAGUUGCUGCCAAUAUAAAGAAGAGGAAUUCCACUGGCAAUUUGGAACAUGUGCUCUACCACAAAAUGCUAAAUCUUCACAAUUUUAGCAACCAUAUCUUCAAUUUCAGCAAGCCCUCCGACAUCGACCCGGCCAAUCCCAAUUUUGCACAGGGGUCGAAGAAGCUCUGCGCAGUGUCGACCUUCAACGACAUCAUGAGCCCGGCCAAAUUCAACAACAUACUGGAGGAUGAAGCCGCUUGUGGAUAUCUAAGCAAUGGUGGAGAGGGUGAAUGA